UCCUUCCUUUCCUCCGCUCUGCUUUACCCACUUGUCUUUAGAGGACGUACGGGUGCACCUUACUGUCCUCCGUGUCUCCGUGACGCAGAACUGGGGGGUCACCACGCCUUGAGGGAUGCGCUCUGCCCCCGCCUCAAAGCAUCUGUCCCUGUCCGCUGAUCACUGGCAGAAAUCCGUCCCGAACCAGGACCUCUAACCUGCCGACGUUUGCUCCACUUUUAGCGGCGGUCUUUCUGGAGUCUACUUCUCCCACUCAUGCCGGUCGAAUAAACUGUGUUGUGAUCACCAAUUAAUCUGUCACGGCAGAUCUACUGGUUUUACAUCGGGUACAGGUCGCAUCGAAGAUGGGGAUCCCAGUUUAGAGCUGUCAGGAAUGCCCCAGACUGUGUGCUCAGGCACCAUGUUUACCACUCCCAGUGGUUUCAGCCCCCACCUGGCCUGCGCUGAGCCUGGGGAGGAGGAAGAGGAGGAAGCCCCUCAGGAGAGCCCCGGGCCAGCGGCUUGUCUGACUGACGGUCCCCCUUUCACCUCUGCUUCCCUGGAGACCCUGAUCCAGAACCUGGUCCCCACUGCGGACUACUACCCGGAGAAAGCCUAUGUAUUUACACUCUUGCUGAGCGCCCGUCUGUUCAUUCCUCCUUCCGAGCUGCUCUCCAGGGUGUGCGAGCUGUGCAUCAAGCAGCAGCAGCUGGAUCAGAGCCCGCUUGACACGGUUAAAGUACGCAAGUUUGGUCCUAAGAUCCUGCAGCUGCUGACAGAAUGGACGGAAACAUUCCCAUCAGACUUCAGGGACGAGAAGAUGGUCGGACACCUUAAAGACAUCAUCCGCAGGAUAGCUCCAUGUGAUGAGGCGUACUGGAAAACUCUAAACCAGAUGCUGCAGAAGCUGAACCAGAGGUUGGCCCUGAUGAGCCAGGGGGAAGAGAGCUUCUUCAAGGUCUCCCUCAACGCUUCCUCCAUCUCUGACAAGCUUGUGGCUUUCAAGACCAAGCCCCCACCUAUCCAGAAGGACAUUCUCUCCAUCUGCAAUGACCCCUACAUGCUGGCACAGCAGCUCACCCACGUGGAGCUAGAGCAUUUAAGCCAUAUCGGACCGGAGGAGUUUGUCCAAGCUUUUGUUCAGAAAGAUCCUCUGGAUGGAACACAGCAGCCAUCUUUCAGCGAGCAGAAGAAAACCUCCAACCUUGAAGCCUACGUCAGGUGGUUCAACAGACUGUGCUACCUGGUAGCAACAGAGAUCUGCAUGCCAGCGAAGAAGAAGCAGAGAGCCACAGUGAUUGAGUUCUUCAUCGAUGUGGCCAGAGAGUGUUUCAACAUUGGAAACUUCAACUCCCUGAUGGCCAUCAUCUCUGGUAUGAACAUGACUCCUGUAUCACGACUAAAGAAGACAUGGAGCAAAACCAAAACUGCCAAAUACUUCAUUCUUGAGCAUCAGAUGGAUCCCACAGGAAACUUUUACAACUACAGGACUGCCCUGAGGGGUGCCGCCCAUCGCUCUCAGACUGCCAACAGCAACAGAGAAAAGAUUGUGAUUCCCUUCUUCAGCCUGCUGAUUAAAGACAUUUAUUUCCUGAAUGAAGGCUGCGCCAACCGCCUGCCUAACGGCCACGUCAACUUCGAGAAAUUUAUGGAGUUGGCUCGACAAGUUGGAGAGUUCAUGACAUGGAAACAGGUGGAGUGUCCAUUUGAGGAGGAUCGGGCCAUCCUGCUCUACCUUCAUACUGCUCCCAUCUUCAGCGAGGACGGACUCUACCUUGCAUCGUAUGAAAGUGAAAGUCCUGAGAACCAGGUGGAGAAGGACAGAUGGAAAGCACUCAGGUCGAACGUUCUGGCAAAGACAUGAGGCGGGGAUGGUACCUAACCCUCCCACCACCAAAAGAGGAGAUGUGUGUGUACUCUUUGCACUUAACAGAACUGUGAAGGAACCUGAAGCUGGUACUUUGGUGUUUUACUACAAAGAAACUGCAUCAAGAUCAAAAAGAAAAAAAGAAAAAAAAACAUGAUGAACGGGAUUCAUCGAGACAAGUGUGAAAAAAAUUAAGUUCUGAAAAGAAAACGUUAAACUAUGAAAACUGGAACAAACCUUUUUCUUUUGGAUAUGAGCGAGAAGCUCCGGUAUGUCGGAGAGGGACACAGCAUCUCCUUCCCUUUAUGUGUGUUUACUCUGUGGAGACGUUUACUACUUUAGAAACUACAAAUACAGGGAAAACCACUUUAUAGUAAUUCCUACUGAUGCUGUCUUGUGUAUUUUUCUCCUUUCUCAUUUCCUUUCUCUUUUUUCCUCCUUUUAUUCAAAGCUUAAGUAUUUAACUUUUAACCGUAAAGUACUGUAACAAACCAGAAAGUGACGUAAAGGGCGCUGGCUAGCUCUAUUUACACAUAGGGGAAGAUGAAAAAACAUCAUGGCUGUGCCUGAUGUGAAGCACUGUUUCAUGUGUUUAUGUCCGUUGCACUAGAAUGACUGGAGACCAUGUUUCAUCAUAUUUGUUUUAUUUAUUUUAUUUUAAGGAAUAAACCGGGUGGGGAACAUGAACUUUUUAAAGUGUUUACUCUUUUUAAAUGUAUUGUGCCAUUAAUAUCAGCAGAAACCUGCUGUAAUAGUGUAACUGCAGGAGUUAUAGGUCAACUGUAGAGACUGUGUACAGAUGAUAGGCCCUCAUCUUUCUGCUCCUCAGGAAGUUCUCUCUGACUGAUGUUCAGUUGUCUCAUAUAUUUAUUGGAGCUCUCUGUGCUGACAGAUGUAAAGUUUUUAUUGUAACUUUUCCUUUACAGUAUAUGAAUUCCGACAGCAUGCUGAGUCAGGUGGUUUCAAAGGGGCAUUAAUGUAUAAAAAGUACUUUACAGUGAAGAUGUGACGUUGCAUUAAAUAGAAGGACAACAGGACACCUGUACCAUAUGAGCCACUGCUUAUCAUGACAAUUUCUUUGACUUGAAGUGUUUGGUUUUUUUUUUGUUUGUUUUGUGAAAUUGUCAGUGAAUUUGGGAAUUUUGCUGUGAGAAAAGGAGUGGGUGCACUAUAAUUAUUGGCUUGAUUCGGGUCGUUAUUGAUCGAUGUCAGUGUUUUCCCCUGACAAGCACCUUUCCCAUCUUUAUAGCAAACUGGUUUAGGUCCUCCUAACUUAUUUCUCAUCUAAUUAAUUGACUUUCCUGUAACAUGUUCCCCAAUACAUUUGUAGAAAGACGAGGAUGUGAUGUCAAACCUACUACCCAUGGUAAUUUAAAUAAAUCUUUUGCCUGUGCUGUUAAACGUGUCCUAAAUGACAAUCAUCUACAUUACCUGCCAUCAGUUUUAAUCUUUAUAAGUGUUAUCAGACUGCCAAAUCCAUCAGUUUCAAACAUAAAUACUGUUUGUGAGCAGUCAGAGGAGUUGUCCUUCUUGGUGCAGGGACAUCUUCGGCUCUGACAUCAGAGCAGGAUUUGUGACCAAUUCCUAAAACACCUUCAAUAAAAGUUAACCAUGUCUACUCUU